GCCGGUCUUUCUUUCUUGACCACCACCAUCUGCUUUCAUGAGCCCGCGUACGUCCUCGAAACGCAAACGCUCCUCGGGCGCGACGCGGAGCAGCCAAGACGACGUCCCUGUCAUCAUCUCGAGUACGCCCCCUCCCGCCGUUCCUGCCAAGAAGCCGAGACGCCCCGCCACUGUCCGCGACGAGGUCAUCGAGAUCUCCUCGGACGAGGAAGACACGCGACCACGAAAAAUCGGCCGAAAUAAUCCGGACCAACGCUCGCAGCUGCAGCAGGAAAUAUGUGCUCUGAAGAGCAAGUGCGCGAAGCUGGAGCGGGUGCAGAGCGAGCUCGAGGAUGCGCGGAAAGAGAUUGCUCAGCUGAAGCGGCCGGGAAAGAUCAUCUUGGACGCAAUCAAUCUUGACGAUCACAUCUGUUGCGAAAUCUGUUCAACAACGAUGUGGAAGCCAUAUAUUUUGAACGGCUGCGGUCACACUUUCUGCCUCGAUUGUUUAGUGGAGUGGCUGAGUACCUGCCUCGCGCAACACAUGAACACGCAUCCGCACGAGCGUCCUGGCGUCCCUAACCUGCCACCAGCCUUCGUGUACGACCCGAGAAACCCCGUCGUAGCUGCGAUGGUUGCCCAGCACCACCAGACUUCUCAGCCCCAAUACACAUGCCCGAGUUGUCGAAAGGCCAUGAAGUCGAAGCCGACGGAAGACUUUGCGCUGAAAGCGCUCAUUCACACACUAGCUGCUGCUAUCGGGCAGUCGGACCCCAAGGAGGCCCGCCGUCGAGGCAAAGGCCGUGCGGUGGCCUCCAAGGGUCCCUUCGACUCUUUCUUUGGCAAGGAGUGAUGAAAUACAUUAUUAUUGCAUACAUACAUAAUUAUGAUACAUUGUAUGGUAUAAAUACAGACCACCUAUAUACGAGAAACAAUCACCGUUUCUUUGCUUUCGGCUUGGGAACGGGCAGCUUCGGCUUGGCGCGUUUCGCGGAUGCAGAGAGCUGGGCAUCCUCGCUGGCCUUCCUCUUCAGGCUCGGACGACGGGACGACGACCGCGACGAGCUCUCGGCGUCGCCCAUGGUGGACAUCGACAGCGAGGAUUGGCCGGGACUGGGUCGGACAGACGCAUGCGCGGCCGACGAGCGGGACACGACCGACAGUGCCGGCGACACCCGCCUUGCGGACGGAUUCGGGAUCUUGGAGCCACUCGCGGCAGCAGCAGCAGCUGGGAUCAUCCCAGCCAGGCCGUCGGCUGCCUUGGGGCGGGUGAUAGGAGCCGGAUCAGGCUCGACGCGCGACUCUCGGAAGUCGCGCAUGAAGACGCUGUCGACGGACAAGCUGUCCUCGAACGUGCGCAGAUUCGCCUGGAUCCUCGGAUCGUGCUCGGUCGUGAUGCGGUCUCCGGUGAUGUGGGCGCCGAAGAACUCGAGCGACAGCGAGCCCGAGUUCUUCACUGCGGGGUGGCCCUCGUCCUCGGCGGGGGGCUCGCCGAUGUGCUCGGUCCACUCCCACGGCCGGUUCAUCACCGGCGCGUCGGGCACCAGUGCACCCGACGCAUCGGGAUAUGCCGUGGCAAGAUGGGAUACAAUCGCCGUCGGCGCUAGGUGUCGCAGCAGAGCCUGGAUCUGGUUUCUGUACUGCCGCGGGAAGUCGGGCGGGAUAUCCGAGGGCAGAACGUGUGGCGAGUAGCAGAAGGGAUCGAACGCGUCGGAUGGCUUCGCGUUCUGAGCAAGUUCUGGGUGGAGGUAGUAGAGCGUGUCAAUGAGCAGAGAGUAUGCUCCCAAAUCGAGCAGUGGACCACUUCCGUGGAGCUAAGAAGUGCGUUCACGAUCUUACAACCUGAAGCAUGAGAUUGAUACAUACUAUCACCAAUUUGAGGAUUGUCCCGGAAAGCCCGACACUCAGCUCCUUGAUCUUUGGCGUCCAGGAGAAGUGGAAACCAAGAUGAAACUGCAGGAAGCGCGAAAGAGAAAUGGCCACCUGCGUCAGCUCGGGGCUGUCUUCAUCCUGGCUGAGACAGCGUUCGAUUUCGGCAAACUUAUCGUGCAAGACCUGGAAGAAGUUUCCCUGGAUUGUGGCGUCGAGCGCGGGAAGCUGAGCGCCCGGUGACCGGAGCGGCUCUGCGACGUAGGCGAUAACGCGCAGUAGUUCUCCGGCCCGCUCGAAACUCUCGCUAAGUGAUUUUGUGGUCGGGUCUUGCAACAGCCCGGUGACCGUCUUCAGUCCGUUAUUGAUGAACU